UGGUUUGUUCCUCCAAGCUGCCUAUUGGCCUGAAGCACUGAUUGACAGCGCGCUUGUUCCCGCCCACUGGGGGGGGGGUUUCGGGUGAAAGCUCGGUUAUACAGACCUCCGCAAAGACAAGUUCGGCUCGGGGGGAAGCUCGCCGUUUUGCCGCAGUUAUGGCGGCUCCGCUGGCGCAGUUUGACGAGGACUGGCAGGAUUUCAACGAGUUCAGGCCGUUGUCGGAACCGCAGAGCUGUCUGGAUGCGGUGAACUGGAACGCCGGCGAUGUGCCGGGCCUGCUCGAGGACUUUCCGGAGCUCGAGGGCGGCCUCUCGGGCGAUACGGGCAGCUUUCAGUCCAUGGAGGAUUUAGUGAACAGCUUCGAAGAGAAGCUCACCGUGUGUUUCCGAAACUACAACACGAACACCGAGAACAUUGCCCCAGUGAACCCUAUAACGGAGGACAGCAUGCUGAAGGAUGACGAGAUCUGGAAUGCACUGACUGGUAACUAUGGCAACGUGAUGCCAGUGGACUGGAAGACAUCCCACGCUCGGUCCUUGCACCUCCCUACCCUCAACCUCACGGAAAAGGGGAAGUCGGAAUCCGUGAACCUGGACCUGUCUGAUGAUGAGGAGUUGCGGGAGCAGCUGGACAUGCACUCCAUCAUCAUCUCCUGCGUCACCGACGAGCCCCUCUUCACUGCUGAGCAGGUGAUUGAGGAGAUCGAGGAGAUGAUGCAGGAGUCUCCAGACCCCGAGGAGGAAGAGAACCCUUCUCAGUCAGACCUGUCCCUGCUCUCGCAAGAGGGUCACUCGCUCCAGAGGUCCUGUACGAGCAGCAGUUAUGAGGAACGACUGAAGCACAUGUCAGUGGCGGAGCUGAACGAGCUCUUGGAGGAGGUGGAGAUGGAGAUCAGGCAGUACUCGGAGGAGCUGAUCCAGCAGCUGGCGCUGCGGGACGAGCUGGACUUUGAGAAGGAGGUGAAGAACAGUUUCAUCAGCGUGCUGAUUGAGGUGCAGAACCGGCAGAAGGAGCAUCGGGAGCUGCUGAGGAAGAAGAGGAGGCUGCGUGGGGGAGGGGGCCACCAGGGCCGGGCAGAGAGAGCACAGGCACCGGGGACGCGCUUCAGCAUGGAGGUCCUCUCCACCGCCAUUCAGAAUGGCUUCCGCCACACGUUCGGCAGCGCGCUCGGGGACAAACAGUACCUGACCACCGUCAUUCCCUAUGAGAAAAAGGGGGGGCCUCCUUCAGUGGAAGAUCUUCAGAUUCUCACCAAGAUUCUGCGUGCCAUGCGGGAGGACAGCGAUAAGGUGCCGAGCCUCCUCACAGAUUACAUCCUCAAAGUUCUGUGUCCUACGUAGACCAGGCAGGAACACUGAGUGCAUCCUGAACCUUUUACCGGAAAGACUGAACCCUGACAAAGCAUUUUGGAAGCGUGAAGCGAAAGACUUGACCUUCCACGGCGACAUGCAUGGCAUUCUACACAUUAACAACCUUUCAUGCGUAAUAUUUUAUCUUUAUUUUUUAUGUUUUCUUUUUUAAUAUUUUGUGGUAGCUAGUUCAGAUUUUAAUUGUCAGCAUGUCCUUAUGCUGUUGGCAGCAUUGACUUCAAAUCCGCCUGAUUCUAGACGAGCUUCUGAAUCCUAACAUUUAGGGGAAAGCUUUCGAAACACCGUGCAUCUGUACAGUUGAAUGCAGAGGCAUUGAAGAUGUGAUAUUGCAGCACUGGCUUUUGCUGCUCUGCCUCAGUGAAGUACACUGCACUAUGGGUACUCAUGGUUGAGACUGGUCCCCAUCCUAAGAGCUUCUGGGCUGGUAACUGUUUGAUAAGUAAAGCUGGGUGACUGGCUGCAUGGGCUCACAGUCAGCUUGGGCCCUAGGCAUUCUCCGUACAGUCACCGUACGCUGUGUACACAGCCUAAAACGAAUGACGCGGGUAGGUCCCGACAGCCACCAUGGCAGGAUGUGGUCUGACGCGGUUGCCAUAGUGAUCACACGAAGGGGCUGAUCUUGUGCCUUUCUGGCCCCUUAUCAGCCCAGCCAAAUGGCAUGGCCAUCCGUCCAUCAUCUACUCCUUUAUCAAAACACUAAAACGUUGCCUUUACUGCCUGUAAUUUUGUACAUAAGUCAUUGUCUAAUUUGUGGCUAAUUUAUUCACUUUGUUUUGUAACUCUAUAGCAGUACAUACAUUUUGUAUCCAACAAGCAUUAACUGAAAAUAAAUGAGUAAGAAACAUUAA